AAUAGAGAAAAGGUUUCCUUCGUAAUUUAAAGAAUAUGAUUGGCGGUCAGAUUUACUUAUUAAAUGCGCAAUUCCGUUCGCAUUAAUUUCAACGUUCCCCUCGCCAGAUAAUAUCAAGUCCCACCCAGGUACUAAAUCUUUACACAGCUGCGCUCCUCUUGUUGGUGUUGACAAGUUUUGCUGCCCUUCGUUUUCUUGGUAUCGCGCAUCUGUUGUUGUUGUUCCUGCUUGGUGCUGUUGACGCAAAAAAACGAUAAAAGGAAAGGAAGAAAUAUGGAUGUCUGGACUGAAUAUUCCAUCAUUAACGGAGAGAAAAGGAACCCAGAGUUGAAGACCCACCACAGUUACAUCGAAGAAUUUUCGGAUUUGGAUUCUUCCGUCAGCAUCUACUUCACCCUACCUGAGAAAGUUGGUGCCCUGGCCGAAGCUUUGGGAAUAUUCCAGAAUCACAAAGUCUCGCUUGAUCACAUUGAGUCUCGCCCAUCACGAGAAGAUAACAAAAGCUAUGAUUUCUAUGUGUCUUGCUCCAACAAUGGAGACGAACUUAAAGAAGCCAUCAAAGCUCUGAAACAGAAGAGUACAUCUUUUCAGAUUCUUACAAGGCAAGCUGAACAUGGGGACAAAGCAGAAAUUCCCUGGUUUCCACGUAAAAUUUGCGAUUUGGACAAAUUUGCCAACAUGAUACUCAGCUACGGCUCAGAAUUGGACGCCGAUCAUCCAGGAUUUACAGACCCUGUGUACCGAGCCAGGCGGAAAGAGUUUGCUGAUAUCGCUUACAACUAUCGUCAUGGCCAACCUAUUCCAAGAAUUAAAUACACAGAUCUCGAGAUCGAGACCUGGAGAACCAUCUUCAGGGAACUCACAAAUCUAUAUUCGACGCAUGCGUGUAAACAAUUUCGUCACAUUUUCCCAUUGCUUAUGGACAAUUGCGGCUAUAAUGAAAACAAUAUUCCACAGUUGGAAGAUGUCUCCAAAUUUCUUCAAGAUUGUACUGGAUUUCGUUUGCGUCCCGUUGCCGGUUUAUUGUCCUCGCGAGAUUUUCUGGCAGGUUUAGCUUUCCGAGUAUUUCAUUCCACACAAUAUAUUAGGCAUCCAUCUAAACCACACUAUACGCCCGAACCAGACGUAUGUCACGAACUUUUGGGUCACGUUCCUUUGUUUGCAGACCCAGCAUUUGCACAAUUUUCCCAAGAGAUUGGUUUAGCCAGUCUUGGGGCGCCUGAUGAAUACGUACAAAAACUUGCAACCGUAAGUAAAGUAGAACCACAAUAUUUUGUAGCACUUUUUGGUAUGUUCUUUCCAGAUAAAAAUGCAGAUAAAAAUUUGCGGUUGUUGUUUCAUAUUGUGCUGACCGUC